UUAACCACCUCAGAAACAUAACAAACAAAUAAGGGGCUCCAACAGACCUUUUUAACCAUGGCUGAUGUUCACACCACCUAGCCGGAAAUGGGAUUAUCCAACCAAGCUAGGAAAACAUGACAGGUCUUUUCAGUACUCCUUUCGGACUGUCUCUCUGAGCAGACGGCCUGCUGCGGGGGCCAAUAAGAUGUUCCUGUUGACGGGGAGCAAGGGGCCACAGGGAGCCGGCCAUGAAAGGAGGACAAUCUACCAGAAAAUCCGGGAGUACGAUCUUCUGGAGAAGAAGAAAACGGUUACUGCGUUAAAGCCGGGAGAAGACAGGGCCAUUCUCCUGGGCCUGAUCAUGAUCCUGUCCUCGUUCAUGAUGUUCUUUCUCUUGGGAAUAACCAUGGUGCGCUCAUACUCAGACAGCAUAUGGACGGAGGAGUCCAGCUGCACCAUCCUGAACUCCACUAUCACGGCGGAGAUGAACUGCACCUAUAGCUGCGGCUCAGACUGCUGGAGAGGCUCAAAGUACCCCUGCCUGCAGGUGUUCGUUAGCCUCAACGCCUCCGGGAAGGUGGUCCGCCUCUCCCACAACGAGGAGACGCAGGAAGCCAGUUCAGAGUGCUUCUACGUACCCAAAUGCAGAAAGGACCACGUGGCCAUGCACACGAUGAUCGCCAACAUAACGGAGCAUCUGAAGCCUCAGCAGCAAGUGCCCUGCUACUACGACCCGGAAGAGAGGCAGGACACUGUGAUCCUAACGCGGCUGUACAGCCAGGGGGCGCUGUUCCACUCCCUCCUCUGGCCCUCAUGCAUGCUCGCCGGGGGCACCCUCAUCAUCCUCAUGGUGAAGCUCACACAGCACCUGUCCAUGCUCUGCGAACAGAUCGGCAAGGGCAAAAGCUGAAACCAACGGGGAGAGCCAGCCACGCGUCGUCACCAGAGAACCUUAACGAUAAUGGUGGUAAUUCUUUACUUGAAGCGUAGUCUCGAAAAUCGAGGAUCAUCGACUCUGGCGCUCAAAUCCGAAUCCAGCCCUGGUUUUCUUUUCUCCCGGGGAAUUAGUGCUACUGAUUGACCAGAAUGUUUUCACUCCUGACUCAGGUAGAGGGAGGGUGGAAAACCAGCAGUUCUUUGCCGUCGAGGACCGUGAGUUGACGAUCCCUGCUCUAAAUCCUAUGCAAUGCUGCCGUAUGAAUGACAUAACGUGCUGUGACCAGCCCCGACAGUGUAUUACAGCUCAACACAAGCGCCAAAACACUGUCAUAAUGUGUGCAGCACAUUUUAUAGAUCAGCCUCAAAAUAUGUGCUACAAAAUGAUGAUAAAUGCAGAACAUUUUACAUAUCAGACAGUGUUAUGACAUCUGUCUGAAAUUGUAAUAUGCUUUCAUGACUGGUUAUGCCAGGUUUUAUGUCAUGCUUAUGACAACAAGUAGGUAUUAUAUAGGAUCAUGGAAUAUAGUUAAUGUCAAAUAUUACCCAUCCUUCAUUGAAAGAGAUUUCAUUGUGUAUUUAUUACUACUUUUGAAGGUGGUCUUGGAAUGGGUACAUUGGUAGCAUAAUAACUUCUGUUUAGAGAAGAUGUAUAAUUUAAGGGUUUUAUACACCAUGUGAAUGUAUGUCCUGCCACCGAAAAGUGCACACAUUUCCGUUGCUUACUUACUUGCUUUCUUUAAGCGUACAUGUGUGGCACAAUCACAUUUAUUUUUGGGCAGCAAUGGUUUAAGCUAAAUUGAUAGGCUUAGAGUGUGAGCUUCCCUUAAUCUUCCGAUGACUAAAGUAAUGAGUGGUUCUGGGAGAGAGGUUUAGAGAAAAUAAAAUUCAGAAAAUUUCAAAGCCAACUAUACCCUUCACUUGGUUAUGAAUAGUAAGUACAGUUAUCAGCAGAUAGCGUUUAUCCAUGUUGGUCAUACUGUGUCGUGAAAGGUUUUCCAAUUGCAUUGUUUAAAAUGCUUUAAAGCCUGGAAUGUUAAAACAUAAAUGCGUUUAUUCAAACUCUGAUAUGAGUUCUGAUGUUCUGGAAAUGCAAAGUUGUAAACUCUGUAAGCAACAAGGAUCUUCAUUUCUGAGGAUGCUUCUAAUGUGCUGCAGAUGUCUGUAAAUAUUUGUUCUUUUCAUCAUGAAAGCUUUAUAAAAAAUCUUUGGUUUUUGAGAGUGCGAUUCUAAAUGUCUUUCGUUGUAUUAAUAACUCAAAGCACAAUUGUAUCUCUUAUUUAUAGCAACCCCAAUAAAAAUGUGGCAUAUACUGAAAUAUGAUAUAAAAAUUUAAUUACAUCCAUAAUUAUACAGUUAAAUGAGAUAUGCGUCCUAUUUGAGAGUUAUCCUAGUUAUAUCAACAUGCUUAAAUAUUUUCUUUAUUUUUUUACGUACUGACCCUGGAGUCAAAUGCAGGAUUCAUUUGCAGAUGUGUGUGCAAAACCAGUCACAUAGUGGCUGACAACCAUGUUCCGAUCCAAACUAUUUAGAAUCAAGGGCAAUAAUUGAUUU